AUCGAAUACCAUAAAAGAUAAGCUCAAAUGCUUAGAUCACUAAGACCGAAGCCACAUCUGACGAAGCUCCAUAUCCAUGACUCUGUGCUGUUCCAGCAGAAGCCACAGACAUGGCACAUCAACAGGGCACUGCUUGAUAAUGGGAAGACGCAGCUGAUCUCCCAUGGAGAGCUAAAGGCUCUCCAGAAGUCGUUUGAGUCGCUGAUGAAAGGAUACAACACUGGCAACUUGGACUACAAAGACCUGAUCAAGCUAUACUCCAAGGUUUACUACCCAUUCUUACGAUCCGAGGAGAUCCGUGAGUUCUUUGGCAGAGACCCAAGGGGCUCGAUGGCCAGGCUCCAGGAUUAUAUGAUCAAACAUGUAAGACUCACGGGUGACGGUAUCUCUCUGCUGAAGCAUGUGCACGAGUCCUCCGGACUGGACUUUGGAGUGGUUAGAGGUGACUACUUUGCGUCGCUGGGCAUUACACCCAUUCUCUAUGGCUCACUUCUACGGUCGUCGAACAAGAGCCUCUUCUCAAAACACCAUAAGCAAAAUAUAAACUACUCCAAGGUUAUUAACGGCAUGGACGGGCACCUGAGUGCGACUAUGAUGGAGAGGUACUUGAAGUCGAGCUCGUCACUCCACAGGGCUUUCAAUUUGAAGAAUUACCUCGUUGUGAACUCUCCACAUGAAUCAGAGAUGUUUGUAAACCUUGCACAGAGAUUUGGAAUCUCUGUAAUUAUACUGACCGAUAAACACUUUGAAAACCCGCAAUCGCUGGUGUCGCCACUAUUACACGACUACCAGAUGUGUAAAUUGAAGGGCUCUACUGACCAGUGUGACGAGAUUAGAGAACAUUUAUCGUCAUUGCAGUUCCUGCCGAUGAAGAACGUCCGCGAGUUGAUUACAUUCACCAAUGCUCUGGAGGAUGUUGACCGCAAGCAACCAAAGUUUGACUCUGCCUCCUUUGAUGAGACGCUGAGACAGAUGGAGCUGUCGAUCUUGGGUAACAUAGAAACAGACAUUAGACACGCCUGAUACGUUUAAUGAUUUGUUAUUUAUUAUUUAUUUGCUUCUCUAUUUUAUUUAUUCCAGCAGCUUAUUUAUUUAUUGCGUGGCACGGUAUAUCCAUGUUGAAUCGAUAUCAUGAUGAUUAAAACUAGUUUAAAAUCGUAUACAUUAGAUCUGGAGGCUCUGACGAAGACGUCAGGG